AUCUUUUUUUAUCAAAUGAUUUAAUAAGAUCUUCAUCACUUUCACAUUGUCUUGUUAAGUAUCAGGAUUCGAAGGAAACUCUUCUACAAGGGACUCUUAAAAAUGGCUUGUAUGUUUUUGAUGAAGUCAAUUUUCUGCAACCUGAUACUUGUGUGAAUCCUACUACUCAUGUUUCUACUACUCCUACUGUUCUGAUUGUUCAAAGAUUUGAAAAAUCUUAUGAUAUAUGGCAUAAUAGACUAGCUCAUGCCUCUAGAAAAAUUGCAAAAGUUGUUAUGAAAUCAUCUUCUGCUGCACAAAAUUGUCACCCUAUGACCACUAGAGCUAAAGCUGGCAUUUUUAAGCCUAAAGUACUUUUGGCUACAUCUGAACCAACAACUACUGUCCAAGCUCUUGAAACCAAACACUGGAAACUGUUGAACAUUCAAGGACUUGAUGUUGCACUUAAUGAACAUGAAGAUUGA